AACUGCUUUAACAGAACCUUGCGUCUUUUCAUGCUUUAAUCUGAGUCACGGAAAAAUGUGUGGUAUUUUUACUGGGAAGCUCCGAAGGACUUGGCGAAGUAAGUGAAAGGGAGGCUGGGGGAGCGCAGGCACGGCGGGGCUUGGGUGUUUCUGCAUAGCUUGCCGCAGAAUGUGGGUGAAGACGCUGCUCCUGCUUUGCGCGUGGGUCUCCUUCAGUGUCUGUGGGAUUGUUGGCCCUCAGAAGAACACAGAUGUCCCAACAAUCCUGCAUGGAGGUGUUGCUUCCCAGAGCUUUACCAAAUCGGGCCAUGAUGCCGCCUUGGUCUAUGAGUUUCUUCUGGGCGGGCUGGACAUCAAUUCAGACAACAACAUCUCACUGAUGGAUGAGGAGCUGGCAUCCAUGCGUCAGGGCAGGGCCUUCACAGCUCACCUCAAUGACCACGUGCCGAAGACUCUCGUUGCCAUGGAGAAGCUUCUGGCCUUGUCAUCAACCCAGGAGAAGAGCCUGCAUCCUCUACGUUUUGAGAUUUUCAUCCUGGGAGCAGUCUACUCCGCAUACCAGAUGAAGAGGCAAACAAGUGAGCAGGAUCAGCAGGCUUGGGGUGGGGUCUUGGCCCGCCUAGCUAAUGCUGCCCUCAGUGACCUGCGUUCUAACGCCAUCUCCAAUUAAAUAUAGUUAACACCACUUAAUUCCUGUAUAGCAUAGAAGAUCUCCAAAACUAAACUGCUUCUACUCCACUAUCAGUUAUGCAAAUACUUCUGAUGACAUAGUCAGCCGUAUCUAUGCUGUAUUCUGAUGUAAAAUUUAGCAUCUAAAAUAUCUGGUAUAAGAUUUAGCAUCUAAAACAUCUAAAUUAUAAUUUACUUUCAGCUGUUCCUAUUUGCAGUUACUUUCUGUCAUCUGCUCUUAACUGUAAGCUAAUUAUUCAUUGCUUUCCAUGAUAUUUUUUUCCCAUUUCAGUGUCAAUAAGGCUUUCAGAACAAUUAAAAUGUCAUGUGUACACGAUAGCUUAUUUAAGCAUAAAUUUAAACAUAAUAAGCUUUAAAUCUAGAAUCAGCCAUACAAACAUUCAGAGAUGAUGUGUCUGGUGUGUGAUAGACACAUUUUUAACUAUACAGGUAGUUUUUACAUAAUAUUUAUAGCAUAUAUAUUUAAAUAUCAUCUUCUAAAAUAGUUGGGAAUGAUGCUAGGGAGUAUAUACAGCAUUUGCAGAGUCAGUAUUUGCACAAGUGAAUAUCAAUUAUUCUCUGUAAAAUGAUCAGACUAUCAGCAUGUUUUGGUUUUAAUAUCAAUUUAUUACAUUUGCAAAUAACAGGCAAUUUUCACUAAAGCGUACAUUUUAAACAUAAACUUUGGCAGUUUGAAAGUAUUAGACUGUACACAAGAGGAUCCAUGAUCCAGUGUUAAAUAAAAAUCUUUUAUUUUC